UCUGCACGCAUGCGCGAGUGAGGCGACGCGGUGACACCAUUUUAUAGAAAGAAAGAAAAACAGAAACAGUGAUUAAUAGUCAAUAAUCUAAAAAUUCAAGAACAAUUUUAGCACAUGUGCGGCCUUACAGAACCGAGAGGACGGAAGAGUAGAGCUGGAGUCUGAACCCGCGCUAUCUGACCUGAUCUGAAAUCAGACUGCGCUCUGUGUUUAUAGCUGUUGUUUUAUGUGUGUCCGUGUUCGGUUCUGUCCAGAAAGCAAAUGGAUGGAGACGAGGACGUGCGCUCAGAUGGUGGAAGUGUCACUCCGGUUCAGGAUGAGCAGGAGGAUGUGAGACCCGAAUCGAGACAGUCCGAUGAUGAUGUCACGGACAACGAGGACGAUGCUCGCGAUAGGAAGUCUGAGAACAGUGGGUCAGAUCACGAGGCCCGUGAUGGAGGGGACGGGAGUGAUUCGGAGCCCGACCCGCCCCGACCCGCCGACAGUGAUGAUGAGGAGAGAAGCUCGCCCAUAAAGCGAAGAGUCAGCACCUCCGACAACGAGGAGGAGAAACCUCAACCUGCCAGCGACUCUGAUCAUGAUGAUCAGGAGAAGAGAAGCAGCCCGAAAUCAGACGCGGGCAGCGAUUCGGAUGAGAACAAACCCAAACAGAUCACACAGAGAUCCUCUGAUGAGGAGGAUGAAGAGAGGAAGAAGGGAAAAUGGAAAGCUGUGAUGAACUCUGACAGUGAGGAAGAGGAGGAGAAACCGAAGGAGGAAGCAGGGAGUGAUCAGGAUGAAGCGCCCAAACGAAACGCACUGGACAGUGAAGAUGAUGAGGAACAAGACAUGCCUGUGAAGAGGAAGAAGGCCGUACUGUCAGACAGCGAUGAAGACGAAGAAAAAGAGGUGAAGAAGAGCAGGCUGGUGUCUGAUGAUGAAGACUCCGGCAGUGAUGAUGGCUCUGGUGCUCCUGAUAAGAGUUUAGCAGCUAAACUGAAGGAGCUGGGCUCAGACAGCGAGGAAGAAGAGGACACGAGUAAGGCUGACGGAGGGAAUAAAGACGAGAAGGCUCUGUUUGGCUCCGACAGCGAGUCCGGCGGCGACGAUGAAGAAGAGAAAAUGAUCGCAGACAUCUUUGGCGAGUCUGGGGAUGAGGAAGAAUUCACGGGCUUUAAUCAAGAGGAGCUGGAGGGCGAGCAGAAGCACUCUCAGGCAGAAGGACAGAAGCAAGUGGACAACUCCGAUUCAGAUGAUGAUAUUGAUAGAGGAGGAAAAGACAUGUCAUUCAUGUCAGAUUUCGACAUCAUGUUGGCACGUAAGAAAGCUCAGGGCGGGAAACGCAGACGCAAUCGAGACGGCGGAACCUUCAUCAGUGACGCCGAUGAUGUCGUCAGCGCCAUGAUCACUAAAAUGACAGAGGCUGCAGAGGAGGACAGAACUCUUAACAGUCAGAAGAAACCAGCGCUGAAGAAACUCAUGCUUCUGCCAACAGUCGUCAUGCAUUUAAAGAAGCAGGAUCUGAAAGAUACGUUCAUAGACAGCGGCGUCAUGAUAGCUAUUAAAGAAUGGAUCAGUCCACUGCCGGAUAGAAGUCUCCCAGCGCUCAAGAUCAGAGCAGAGCUCCUCAGAAUCCUACAGGAACUGCCCAGCGUAAGUCAGGAAACACUGAAGCUCAGUGGAAUCGGCCGAUCCGUCAUGUUUCUCUACAAACACCCAAAAGAGUCUCGCGCCAACAAAGAUCUGGCACUGAAACUCAUCAAUGAGUGGUCGCGGCCUAUCUUCGGUCUAACGUCAAACUACAAGGGAAUGACUCGAGAAGAGAGACAACAGAGAGACCUCGAUCAACAGAUCGCCCCCCGCAGGCGCCUCAGUUCUGGGGGACAGACACCUCGCAGAGACCUCGAGAAGGUUCUCACAGGAGAAGAAAAGGCACUGCGGCCGGGUGACCCAGGAUUCUGCGCGAGGGCACGUGUGCCCAUGCCUUCCAAUAAAGACUACGUUGUUCGACCCAGGUGGAAUGUAGACAUGGACUCAGGCAGAGGUCCUUUAAAAAAAGGAAUGUCACGAGUAGAUAAACAAAUGCGACGCUUUAAGGACAUCAAGCGAUUAAAAAAGCCGGGACACGCAGUGAAGAUCAGCGUGGAGGGCAACCGCAUGCCUCUCUGAUGGCCCCCUAAGUCCGCCCCAAAAUGUUCCCCAUGCUUUGAAUUUUUCUUUUUUGUAUUUUUUCUGUAUAUUGUUGCCAGUCUUGGGUGUUCAAUUCUACAGUAGUUCUACAGAAUGAUGAAAUGUCAGUAAAGCUGCACGUCUGUGAUGAUUUAGCGCUGUUUAAAAUGUCUUCACAGAUCUGAGUCAGAGCCCUGCAGCGUUUGCUUCUGAUAUAUCUUUCAUAAUAAAGUUUCCAUGUUCUGACUUUUA